UCCCCACCUUUCUUUUAUUUCUCCUUUAGAAAAUCGGGAAAGAAAUAGAAACCGUUGCAUCAAUUGACUUUUCAGGGAAUAUCAACGGCCGGCUUCGAAUUUCAGAACCCAAUGGCGUCCAUCUUUUAUUAGAUUUCGCUUUGAAAUUCUUGAGAUUGUAGUCUCUUUCCCCGAGAAUUCUACAUUGUUCUUUCGAUUUUCCGGCAAAAUGACCGUACACGAAGAUGCAGAACAGGAGCCUGUACCGCAGAAGAAGAAACCACUAUCUGAGGCAGAGAAGAGGAAAAAGAAAAUUGUGCCUGGAAGUUUGAUGAAAGCAGUGAUAAGGCCUGGAGGGGGCGACUCAACACCUUCAGAUGGCGAUCAGGUUAUAUAUCAUUGUACGGUUCGUACACUGGAUGGUGUUGUUGUGGAAUCUACCAGAUCAGAAUGUGGAGGCAAGGGUACCCCCAUUAGACAUGUUUUGGGUAAAAGCAAGAUGAUAUUGGGAUUGCUUGAAGGAAUUCCCACAAUGUUGAAGGGUGAAGUGGCAAUGUUAAAGAUGAAAGCAGCACUGCACUAUGGUGAGGCUGAUUGUCCUCUUAUAGUUCCUGAUAAUUUUCCGAAGGAUGAUGAGCUUCAUUUUGAGAUUGAGAUGUUGGACUUCUUUAAAGUCAAGGUCAUCAGUGAUGAUUUGGGAGUGUUAAAGAAGGUAAUAAAUGAAGGACAGGGUUGGGAAUCACCAAGGGAACCUUAUGAAGUAAAAGCAUGGAUUUCUGCAAAGACUGGUGAGGGGAAAGAGAUUCUAUCACAUACAAAAGGAGAACCGUAUUUCUUUACUUUUGGAAAAUCUGAGGUGCCUAAAGGUCUUGAGAUGGGAAUAGGAACAAUGACACGGGGAGAGAAGGCUGUAUUGUAUGUUACCAAUCAGUAUAUAACUCAAUCUCCUCUCAUGCCCAUAAUUGAAGGUGUUGAAGAAGUUCUUUUUGAAGUAGAGCUUGUCCACUUCAUUCAGGUGCGGGACAUGCUUGGAGAUGGACGUCUGAUAAAACGCCGCAUUCAUGAUGGAAGGGGUGACUUUCCCAUGGAUUGCCCUCUUCAUGACAGUCUACUAUGUGUUCACUACAAGGGCAUGCUUCUUAAUGAAGAGAAGACUGUUUUCUAUAACACUAGGGUUGAUAACAAUGGCCAGCCUUUGGAGUUUGGUUCUGGAGAAGGGCUUGUGCCUGAGGGGCUGGAAAUGUGUGUUCGUCUUAUGCUGCCAGGGGAGAUAGCUCUUGUAACAUGUCCUCCUGACUACGCAUAUGAUAAGUUUCCCAGACCUGCUAAUGUUCCUGAAGGUGCUCAUGUUCAAUGGGAAAUUGAGCUUCUUGGUUUUGAGAUGCCAAAGGACUGGACUGGUUUGAACUUUGAAGCCAUAAUGGAUGAAGCAGACAAGAUCAGAGGCACGGGGAACAGACUCUUCAAGGAAGGGAAGUUUGAGCUUGCCAAGGCAAAGUAUGAGAAGGUGCUUCGUGAAUUUAAUCAUGUUAAUCCACAAGAUGAUGAGGAAGGGAAAGUGUUUCUCAAUGCAAGAAAUUCUUUACAUCUAAAUGUGGCUGCCUGCUAUCUGAAAAUGGGAGAAUGCAGAAAGUCGAUUGAGGCAUGUAACAAGGUGUUAGAUGCAAGCCCUGCACAUGUCAAAGCUCUGUAUCGUCGUGGAAUGGCCUACAUGUCUGCUGGAGAUUUUGAGGAAGCUAGGAACGAUUUCAAAAUGAUGAUGAGCAUUGACAAGUCAUGUGAACCUGAUGCCACUGCAGCUCUAGUUAAACUAAAGCAAAAGGAGCAGGAAGUUGAGAGGAAGGCUCGAUCACAAUUUAAAGGGCUGUUUGAUAAGAAGCCAGGGGAUAUUGCUGAGGCUGGAGUUGACGAUAGAGGAGAUAAAAGGUUGGGUGAAAAUCAGAAGAAUGAGGAUAAGGAGGAUUCUGAUGGGGAUAAGGAGUUUCAGGAAGCAGAAGAUGCUCCACCUCCAAUGGGUUUUCUCUCCCAUUUGUGGCCUACUGGUAGAAGAUUCUUCACUGCUCUUGGGUUAGAUAGAUGUUCCAUAUUGUGAUUUAGUGUAAGACUUGUAUCUCACCCACUCAUGCGUCUAAAUUUUUGAGAUUGAUUAGUUUCAGUUACACGACCUAUUGGGGUUGAGGUGCUUAAAUUUGAGUGGGGACAGAAUAAUUAAGGGGCCCAGCUGAGAAAAAACAUUAGCAAUGACAUGCUGGAGAUGGUCAUCACCUUAUUCCCUUGCUGCCUUGCUGAUUCGUGUAUUCAGCAUAAUAAGUUGCAAGGAACUACAAGUAGCGUCAAUGUGUUUUUUACUAAAAUAUGUCUGGAUCAUGUAUCAAUGUGCUGAGCCCUUCAUCUGGAACUCAAAUAUUGCAUCUCACUCAUCUGUGAAGGGGACCAAAUUCAAAAUGUAAACCCAUGCAUUGUGUGGUACUCUCUGUUUGGGGUCAAUGGAAUAAUAUGACAUCCACAAAUGGAUGGUCCGAACA